AGAGGCAGCUUCAGUGCAGUCAACUAGCAAGGAAGAAAAUGGGAAGUUCUAGGGCUCUCUGCCAAAAAAAUAAUAGCUCAGUGUAAACACUUGAAGGCAUCUUUAGAAUGUCCUUAUCGUAGAGAGCACUGGAGCUUUUGUAUUCUGGAAGGUUUCAAGCCAGCAGCUGUCUUGCAGCCAGCUAUCGCUGAAAGUCCUUUUUAAUGUGGAUGUUUAGUACAGGGCGGGGGGGGGGGAGGAGGAUACAAGCAAGCUGACCAGAAAGACUGGAAUUUCAGCUCCUCCACCCCACCUCCUUGGAGUUCUCCCUCUCCCUUUCCCUCUCUCUCAUUCUGCAAGUCCUUUAAACCAGAGAUUAUUGGGUCAGUGACUCCUUAUCCUUCCCAGGCUGUGCUGUCUUCUUGAGCUGGAGUUCUUCACGGACUACUGCUACCUAUUUUGGGGGGAAACCGUGUCCGUUGUUCUAAAUGUUGGGAUUGAUCCAUGAAUUCAUUUACCUGAGGAUUCUUUAAAAGGGUUCCGUGUCCAGAUUCCAUUAUGCAGGAAAUAUUCUUGAUAAAGCACAUGGAGGACACUGUAGCCUGAUGCCCAUGAUCAGCUGGUGAAGCUUCCCAGGAAGGACUAAGAAAACAACCCCCUUUCCCUAAAGAGUUUUCUCCUUUGCUAACCACACUAUGAAGGCUUUGGGGAACAGCUGGCUCCUUUUGGUCUUUGCACUUAAUCUGAGAAGCAUCCACUCCUCCUUUGUCAACGUCAACCGUGGGGCGAAAGUGAUGAAGGGCCAGUCCAUCUUCCUGUUGCAAGAGGACCUGCAGUUUUCCAUUCCCCGAGAGAAGGACGCUUGCAAAGUGGAAGUUGUGAUGAACGAGCCGAUGACGCAGAGGGUUGGGAAACUAACCCCACAGGUGUUCGAUUGCCAUUUUCUUCCUAAUGAAGUCAAGUACACUCACAACGGAUGCCCAAUUCUCAAUGAAGACGUAGUCAUGCUGAGGUUAUACAGAUUUACGGAAACCGAGACAUUUACCGAAAUGGUUCCCUUCCUUGUAAAGUUACUUGAACCAGAUUGUAAUAUUAUCAAGAUGAGCUCAAGUGCCCUACAAGUCGCUGGCUUUCAUGGCUUGUCCAAUGUAAUUAACAAAAACGUAAUUACUUUAGACUACAACAGGAAAAUAAACUUGGAUUGUACCAUAAGCCUGAUUUCUGUAGAAACUUUCCUACCAGCCCAUGGGCAACUUGUCAGAGGAUCAGAAGAAGAAGAACCACCUCGUGGAGAUCAGCCUCAUAGUUUCCCUCCCACAACCGGACGUAGGAGAGGUGAAAACUGUCCAUCUGGGAGCUGUGUUUCAGGCCUGAAGACCAUACAGAACAUUAAAGUGAGCUGUGAAGAUUUUCUCCUGAUGGGCCUAAGAUACCAGCAUUUGGACCCUCCUUCGCCCAACAUUGAUUACAUUCCCAUCAGGCUGGAUCUCACAGACAGCAGAAGCAAGACCAUCUACAAGUCUGAGCAUGCUUGGCUUCCCGUUCACAUUGGAGGUGCGUUUCCUAACCAGCCGCCCCAAGCUGCCUUCAUGGCUAUGCAAAUCCUAGAAGCAGACCAGUUCAUUCUGAGCCUGUUGUCAACAACCAUACUGGAUGCCGAAGACAGUGAAACAGCCAAAUCCCUGCUCGUUUUCAACAUCACCAAACCACCCCAGGAAGGCUACAUUACUCAUCUGCAAGACCACACAAGACCCAUCUCAUCCUUCACCUGGAACAGCCUCAAUGAUAUGCUUAUUGCUUAUCAGCCACCAAACAGCAGCCACACAGAGAGGAGAAAUUAUGAGGUGGAGUUUGAAGUUCAUGAUUUGUACUUUGAAAGAAGUUCACCAAUUACUAUCUAUAUCUCUGUUAGAACGGCACACACAAAUGCUCCUCGGGUCUCAUGGAAUACUGGUCUUGAUCUGCUGGAAGGACAGUCUCGCCCUAUAACUUGGGAGCAGUUUCAGAUUGUAGACAAUGACGACAUCAACGGUGUUCGCAUAGUCACUGUUGAUGGUCUACAGCAUGGACAGCUCACUCUAAGAGGAGGAAAGGGAUUCAUGUUCACAGUCUCAGACCUUAAGGAUGGUCUUGUCCGUUACCAUCACGAUGACAGUGAUUCCACAAAGGACUAUAUUGUCUUCAGGAUCUUUGAUAACCGACACAGAAGUCGCCACAAAUUUCCAAUCAACAUUCUACCUAAAGAUGACAGCCCUCCAUUUCUCAUCAGUAAUGUUGAAAUAGAAGUGCCUGAAGGACAGACAAUUCUGAUCCAAAGCUCAAUGCUUCAAGCCUCCGACAUGGACUCUAGCGAUGACUACAUACUCUUCAAUAUAACCAAAGCAUCACAGGCAGGAGAAAUCAUGAAGAAACCUGGACCAGACCUAAUUGGUUAUCCUGUCACUAAAUUUCUUCAGAAAGAUCUAUUCAAUGGGAUCAUUUACUACCACCACUUAGGAGGAGAAAUAUUUGAAGAUUCCAUUGAAUUUGUUCUGUGUGACUGUAAUGAUCCUCCCAAUCUUUCAGAAACUCAGGAAGUCAGAGUGCACAUAAUUCCUUCAGAUGAUCAACUUCCCAAAGAAAUUUCAGGGACGAGCCGCCAUCUAAUUGUCAAGGAAACUGAGAUCGCCCAUCUAACAAAGAAACAUCUCAGUUAUAUCGACAGAGAAGCACAGGAAAGGGAGAUCAUCUAUACUAUAACUUCUCCCCCAUUCUUCUCUUCUGUGCAUAACCACAUGGACGCUGGGAAACUGUUUAUGGUUGACAGCAUUCCUAAACUGAUUAAGGAUCCUGCUACUCCGUCACUGAUAUCAUUCACACAGCAUGCCAUAAACCACAUGAAAGUUGCUUACAUGCCGCCGUUGCAAGAUAUUGGCCCUGAGCCUCAGUAUAUCCAUUUCACAUUUUCAGUCAGCAAUCGACAUGGCAACACUUUGCAGGGGAUCUGUUUUAACAUUACCAUUGUCCCAGUAGACAAUCAAGCUCCAGAGGUGUUCACAAACAACUUGAAAGUAGAAGAAGGGGAGUCAUGUACCAUUACAGAGGGUCACAUUUUGAUUUCAGAUGUGGACACCAAACAGGAGAACAUCCGCAUCGAUCUGCUAAGGCCACCUCUUCACGGAGCUGUUGAGCUGGCUGGGAUUCCUAUGAAUCAGGGGGACUGGCUCACCUGUGAAGACCUGCACCUGUCCAAAGUCAGGUAUCUUCACGACGGUUCUGAGGUUCUGCUGGACCGUAUCCUGCUUGCAGCUACAGAUGGUAUCAAUUCCUUCGAGUUCAAUCUGCAAGUUCAGGUGAAUCCAGUAAAUGAUGAACCUCCUGUCAUGAAUGCUGACCUCAUUCCCUCCAUCGAAUGCCCAGAGGGUCAGGCAGUGGCCAUCACCUCGGAGAACCUUUAUGCUACUGAUGAAGACAGUGAAGACAUGCAGCUGAUGUUCAUGCUCGCUCGAAAUCCUAAAUAUGGGGUUGUGAAGAAAGAUGGGAUUGUGGUGGAUCGCUUUCCACAAGUAGAUGUUGUUUCUGGAGCAGUGGAAUACGAACAUACAAGUGGAGAGAUUGGCUUGACCCCUUUAUUUGAUAUCCUUACCUUUGUUGUCUCGGAUGAUGAAGUUGGACCAACAAAUGAGUGUUGUUAUGACAAAUCUCCUUUUCCUUCUGUUCCGCUCCAUAAAUCUUUUCCAGUAUAUGAUAUUAACAUCACAAUAUUUCCUAUAGACAACCAACCACCAUCCAUUGUUACUGGUGCCAUGUUUGUUGUGGACGAGGGCACCUCGGCUGCCAUUACAAUUAACCACUUGUCUGCCACUGAUCCCGACACGAAAGCAGAUGACUUACAGCUUGUUUUAGCUUCUCCUCCCCAAUUUGGGUACAUAGAGUAUAUAUUGCCUUCCCCUGGCUUUGAGAAAAGCAAUGUGGGAAUAAGCAUAGCCUCAUUUCAGCUGAAAAACAUAAAGGGUCUGCACAUAAACUAUGUCCAGAGCAGGCACAGGAGAAUAGAACCAACCGCAGACCAGUUUAUGGUUUAUGCCACUGAUGGGAAGCAUCGUUCGAUGGAGACACCGUUUUAUGUAUUGAUCAACCCGAUGAAUGAUGAAGUGCCAGAAUUUGAAGCAAGGAAUAUUACAGUUCAGGAGGGUGAGAUGAAGGAACUGGAUCCAUCUGUAAUCAGUGCUGUUGAUCUGGACAUACCUCAAGAUCCCCUGAUCUUUACUGUCCUCCGGCAACCCCAGCACGGCUUCCUUGUUAAUGGGAAUCAUGGCAAUGACAUCAUCCGCUAUAAACAUGCAACUGACGGUCGCCAGCACCACGAACUUCCUAUGCAUGAGUUUUCCAUGGAGCUUUUGAAAAACGGAAUGAGGCUGAUGUAUAUGCAUGAUGACUCCGACAGCCUAGCGGAUGGCUUUUCAAUCCAGCUAUCAGAUGGGAAACAUAAAGUGUCAAAAACCAUUUCGGUAGAGGUCAUUCCAGUUAAUGACGAGAAACCAGUGCUGAGCAAGAAGGGUAAGAUAGAGGUGACUAUGGGCGAAGCCCAAAUUAUUUCUAGUGCUGUUCUGUCAGCUGAAGAUAAAGACACCCCAAGGGAACAAAUUUAUUAUUUAUUUGAGAGUGUCCCAGAAAAUGGACAUCUUCAGCUCAAGGUAGGCCAUGACUGGGAGACACUCCAAAAUGGGAUGAAGUGCACCCAGAAUGACAUAGACAUGAACUCUGUGAGAUACAUACACACCGGAACAAUUGGCUCAAAGGAGCAGGACAGUUUUGUGUUUCAUCUGUGGGAUGGAGGCAAUAGAUCACCAGAGGUGGUUUUCCCUAUUACCAUCAAGGACUUGGAAAAAGGAAACAUUGCAGUUUUCACAAAGCCGCUCACUGUGAUGAAGGGCGACAGAGGCUACUUGAUGACUGACGUCCUCCUUGCAGUCGAUGGCACUGAGAAGUCAGAGGAGAUCCUCUAUGUGAUAACCUCCCCACCUCAGUACGGGCAGCUUGAGUAUGUCACCUAUCCUGGAGUUGCCAUUACAAGUUUCAGCCAAAUGGAUGUGGCAGGCCAGGCCGUCUGCUAUGUCCACCAUAGCAAGGCAGCUUCUCCAAGGGAUACGUUCAGAUUCAUCGUCAGCAAUGGACUAAGGACAAAACACGGAGAGUUUGAGAUCAUCCUGGAGACAGUGGACCAAGCCUUACCCACAGUGGCCAAGAACAAAGGCUUGACCUUACUCGAAGGUGGCAUUGCAUUCCUUUCUCCAGACAUUCUCCAGCUCUCGGACCCAGACACAGAUCCGCAAAACCUCUCCUUUCUCCUAGCACAGCUCCCACAGUACGGCCAGCUCUUCAACAGAAAGUCUGGCCUAUGGCAGCAAAGCUUCAGCCAACAAGAUGUGGACAAUCUGAACAUUGCUUAUAGACAUGGAGGAGGGGACUCUCGGAUUGACAGAUUUACAUUUGUGGCAACAGAUGGAGUGAAUGAAGGCUUCAUAGUAAAUAACAAGGUGCAACUAGAGCCCUUGGCGUUCAGUAUCCAGGUGGACAGCCCAGCCAAAACAGCACCAGAAAUUGUCCACCUUUGUGCUGCUUCGGAUGUAGAACUUCUGAAAAAUGGCAAUUUUGGUAUUUACAUUACUUCCCGGGCCCUGAAGGCAUCAGAUUGUGAUGGAGAUGAUGAACAAAUAAUUUUCAAGAUUUUGCGAGGACCUCGGUACGGCUACUUGCAAAAUAUAACAACAGGUGGAUUUAUUCAGCAUGAAUUCAGUCAGAAGGAUUUAAAGAGCAAAACCAUACUUUAUGUCAUUGACCGUUACUGGGAGGGGAAUUCAGAAGACCUGGAGAUUCAAGUUACCGAUCCUGAAGGAAACUCUGCAAUGCCUCAGAUACUGGAACUGAAAUGGUCAAAAAUUGAAAUGGAACAGGAUGUUUAUGAAGUUUGCGAAAAUGUGGAGGUGCUGCCUUUGAGGAUCACCCGAUCAGGGUACAUCACAGAUUCUGCCUUUGUUGCAGUGAAGAUCAAUGAAGUAACUGCUUCAUCAGGAAAGGAUUUUACUGCGGCUCCUUCUAAACUUAUUCAGUUUGAUCCAGGGAUGUCAACCAAGAUGUGGAAUAUAGCAAUUACCUAUGACGGAUUAGAGGAAGACGAUGAGGUCUUUGAAGUGGUUCUCAUCUCUCCUGUGAAUGCUGUUCUUGGCAGUAGGACAAAAGCUGCAGUGAAAAUUUUGGACUCAAAAGGAGGUCAGUGCAGCUCAUUCCACUCCUCAAGCCAAAACAUUCACAACUUAUGGAUGAAAGGAACAUUGCUUCCAGGCCCCUCUUCAUCUUCCAGGCAUGGCACUGUUCAUUUGGAAGGGAUCCCAUUGCCUGCUUCCAAAGAGAUGGUAGUGCAGAGAAGGGACAAAUUACCAGAAUUCAACUCGGUGAAUCUUGGAAGGAGCCGGCUAAGAGCCCUUGGAAAUGGCAAAAUAGUUCGUCCUUCUUUCACUUUUAGAAAUGGCACUGGUGUCUUUUUUAAGUACCAUGGGAUGGCAGUGCUCAAAGUGGAGGAUGACAACCCAUUGCCUAACAAAAACAAAAUGGCAGCCACGUCAGUAAUUAACCAAAGAGAGCCAAGGAAAAAUAUGGCUCCCCUCGAGAAAAUAGAAGUUCCGCAAGCGGACUCUAGCAUUCCGAUCCAGAGCCUUUCCUUUCCAAACAGAUGCACGCCAGAUUUGAAGGGUCUCUUGCAUUUUGAAGGAAUUGCUCAGAAGAUGUUUCAGUGUGAUGGUCAUUCCUGGACUCUGUGGAGUAAUGCAGACCAGGGUGUUAAUGUGAUUACCUGCCCUCCUGGUUGGACCCAUCAUGAUGGAAGCUGCUACAUCCUGAUCAGCAAUCCAAAAGUUACGUGGACCGUAGCUGCCCGGGAUUGCAGGGAACAGUACCAUGGCAGUUUAGUAAGUGUGGCUUCUAAAACACACAUGCAGUGGCUGUGGGACUUCAGUGGAAGAAGACCCUUCUGGACAGGCUUCAACGACAGAAGAAAUCCAGGCCAGUUCAGAUGGAACAAUGGAGACCGUGUUGCUUUCACGAACUGGGUGAAAGAGCCGUCACGACUUUCAAAGAAAGGAAAGAACUGUGUUUUAGUACAGCAGAGGGGGAAAUGGCAAAGAAAGAACUGCAGGAAGGGCAAAGGACACAAUUAUAUAUGCUCUAGGAAACUGUAAAGACAGCUGAUGCAAACCUCACCAUGUAUAAAAAUAGCUAUAUUUAUUUAUAGCCAGGGGUGCUGAAAGGGCAUGAAGGUAGGGAGUCAGGUGACCUAUUUGUAAUAGGUUUUUAUACGAAGGGAUUAAAAAAUGAUAGGGGGAAAUGUUACACUGUGACUGAUCUCUUUCCAGGGUUUGUGGUAUAUUGAGUAUGAGUGAAGAACAAGCCUUGUUCACCCCAGAGUUAUUUUCUAUCAAGUCUCUUCCAAGACAUAUAAAAUAUGAAACAGCUAGAGAAGUUGGCGGAGGUUGAGUUUUUUUAUAUUAAGCCAUAUGUUACUUGCCUUGUCGUUCCUGAACUCGGUACACUACCCCUCACAACACUGCAAUUGUUUGGUUUUGAAAGGGAAAAAGCCAUGGGCAUAGCCAGGAUUUUGGGGAGGGGGACAGAACCUCAAAUUUGUAUUGAUUUUGAUUAAUUUUUCCCCCUCUUGGCUAUGCCCAUGGAAACAGCCAGCAUUCUGUUGGUCAAAGUUUAUAAAAGAUGCAUGAUAGUG